AUGUUGUCAGGAAAAGCUCCAAUGAAUCACUUCCCUAAAGUAGAGAUUUGUGAAGCCGACAGAAGUAAGAUAGCCACCCCUCAUGGCGAUCCCUUGGCCAUUGAGCUAAAAGUGGCGAACCUCAAAGUAAGGCGUAUCUUAGUAGACACGGGAAGUUCGUCAGAUAUUAUCAGUACAACUUGUCUGAACUGUCUUGAACACGACCCUAAGACGAUUGAAAAGAUUCAUUACCCCAUCAUUGGAUUAGGAGGCGGCAUAAUUCACCCCCAAGGGAUCAUCACCCUACCACUCCGAGUAGGAGGUCGGCAUCGAAGUAGGAACUUGAACGUCCGAUUUCUUAUUGUGAAAGACCUCACUGCUUACAAUAUCAUUCUGGGUCGUCCCACUUUAAAUCAGACCAAAGCAGUGGUCGUCACUCAUCUUAUGCUCAUGAAGUAUGUCUGUGAUAAAGGCCAGGUCGGCACUAUUCAUGGUGACUAA